AUGAAGUGCAUCUACCUGCUCCCUCUGCUCGCCGCCUCGUCGCACGCCUUUGUCGACUGCACGAGGGAUGUCCUCACCGCCUUGUACACUUGCGCCGACGCGCUCCAGCCGCACAGCGACCACUACGUCAACUCGGUGCCUCGCAUCGGGUCCCCCGGUGUCCACAACGCCAUUUGCUACGGCGACUACCCGACGUGCAAUGAUCUCCAGCGGCUCGUCGGGACGCCGGCCGCCAACUGCGACGUCUCGCUCGCCAAGGGCUACUACGUCAACAUUGGCCGGGACCUGCUUUCGCCGUGCGCGAGCCCGAUGCCGCCGCGCACCAAGGACGUCGAGCUUUGCACGGGCACGGGCCUGACGCUGUCCGAGUACAGCAGCAAGCUCUACACGGAUGUGCACCGGGGCAACGACAACGAACAUUUCUUGUACAACAACACGGACCGCACGCUCCGCGCCAAGAGCAACGGCCAGUGCGUCGAGGCCAUCAUGACGCCGUGGCCGGGUGCUGUGCACACCGUGCCCUGCAACGGCAACAGCGAGAUGCAGCAGUGGACCAUCGAGAAGGAGCGCGUCUCGGCGCUGCGCGGGGGGUUGUGCCUGAAGGCCGAGCCGGCGAGCCGCGGUGCCGUCGUCGGCCUCACUUCGUGCAACUUUGGCGGGCAGUCGCCGGCGUAUUUCGUCGAGUGCGCAGCCGCCAAGCCGACGUACGUGACGGUCACGUCGCAGGGCAAGCGCCUGAGCGAGUACUACUCGAACCUCUUUGCCAACGCGCCCGCCAACAACUUCAACGAGCUCUUUGUUUGGGACCAACCCAACAAGAUGUUCAAGGUCGCCAGCAACAACCAGUGCUUGGACGCCUUCAAGGACGCCAACGGCAAGGUCCAGGUGCACACGUGGGCCUGCGACGUCAACAACGGCAACCAAAAGUGGAACUUCAACCCGACCACCAAGACGCUGGAGCACGCGACGCACACUGGCCAGUGCCUCGACGCCGACCCGACGUACGCCGAUCGCCACGCGCAGAUGUGGGCAUGCACCCCCAACAACGCCAACCAGCAGUGGUCCAUCGACACCUUUACGGCCUAA